AUGAAGGAAGAUACCCCGGGUAUAUUUUCAAAAUCCGAGCCCAGGAACGAUUCACCUAUAUACCUUGCUCGAAAAUUCCUUAUAUUUUCCAACUAUCGCGAACUUAAUAGCAAAUCUUUUAUCAAAUGUUUAGGAAUCGAUAACGCGAGCGAUGCAGACAGUGUAAUAAAAGCUGGUAGAGAAAUACUCAGUGACAAGGGUAGUCAAGGAAAUCUUGUAGAGAAGGCAGAAGAGGAUGAAGAUGUCGCUACAACAAUGAAAGAAAAAAUUGACGCAUACAAGAACGCUUUUUGGAAAUUGUUGGAUGAAGCUGGACUUGAUGGUGGCCAAAUUCCUUGUGCAACAAGGUUGAAUGCGAUAAGACAAAAAUGUGUGGAAUCCUCGCCUGAUUAUUAAAAUCUAUAAUUCAACCCCGAUGGAUUCUAAGGAGAUGGAUAAUAAUGAAGGUGUAGAUGUAGAAGGAAUAAUUUUACAACGUUUGCGAAUUAAUUUUAAGUCAACCAAAAAAAAAUAUCUUGAAGUCCAAAAAAAAUUACCUAAUAUUUUAAACUGCGUACCUAUAAGUAUGUUAUUUCACGCUUCGGGGAAUCUGUUUUACCCAUUACAUAUUAAGAAAUAAUUUUGUGCAUUAAUUUCCUUGGA